AGCAUAUCGGGCCCGACUCAGUAUUUCGCAUUAACCAAGCUUGUCUGUGACUCUGCGAGUUCGAGUCUUGUGUGAGCUGUGCCGACGAGGGCUAUCCCUGGUGCUGUUGGGAUAACGGACAGCUGGACGGCGGCUUUAAGCCAAUUGCCACUUGGAUAUGCCGGACAAGGUAUCGAGACUCCUUUACCUUCUCAGUGCUGUCGCUGUAAUCGUUUCGUUACAGUCGGGCGGACAACCGACGCCGAAACGGUACCGCAGUAUUUAUGGCGACGACGUGAGCGGAUAUUCGUUGACGAAUAUUUUUGGGCUGAGUGUCGGGGCCCUAAACUUCCUACAGCAGGGCCAACGUUACAUGAACCAAGAGAUACCGGACACGGUACCGCAAUUCGGAGCCAUGUACGAUUUCGUGGUAAUUGGCGCCGGGACGGCCGGCGCCACGAUAGCAGCGAGAUUAAGCGAGAUUCGUCAGGUCGAGGUGUUACUGAUCGAAGCUGGAUCUACCGAGAAUUUGCUUAUGGACAUCCCAAUUCUCGUUCACAUGUUGCAGCUGAGCAACGAUAUCAAUUGGAAGUACCGGACCAAAUCGUCGAAAAAAUACUGCCUCGGCAUGGCCGACAACAGGUGCAACUGGCCUAGAGGGAAAGUGAUGGGUGGCAGCAGCGUGCUAAACUACAUGAUCGCAACCAGAGGCGGCGCCGAGGAUUACGACCGAUGGGCUGAGAUGGGAAACGAGGGCUGGGCUUACGAAAACGUUCUCGAAUACUUUAGAAAACUGGAGACAAUCGAUAUCCCAGAGCUGCAGUCGGACGCUAUCUACCAUGGAACCAAAGGACCGUUGCACAUCUCUUAUCCGUUAUUCCACACGCAAUUGGCAGAGGCCUUCCUAGAAGCUGGUAAGGAGCUCGGAUACCCGCUGUUGGAUUAUAACGGGAGAAAUAUGAUAGGAUUCUCGUAUGUACAGAGCACGAUUAUGAAUGGCACCCGUAUGAGCAGCAACAGAGCCUACCUACACCCCGCGAAAAAUCGCCGAAAUCUUCACGUGACACGCGAGAGCACGGUGAGAAAAGUGCUGAUUGAUCGUCGCGCGAAUCGGGCGAUCGGCGUUGAGUUUGUCAAACAUGAUCGACUUAUCCGCGUGUUUGCCAACAAAGAGGUGAUUUUGUGUGCGGGCUCCAUCGGAUCGCCUCAAUUACUGAUGCUAUCUGGCAUCGGACCGGCCAAGCAUCUUAACGAGCUCGGCAUAAACGUCGUCCGGGACUCGCCGGUUGGCGAAAAUCUAAUGGAUCACGUAGCUUUUGGCGGAUUAACAUGGACAGUGAACGAUCCGAUAUCUUUGAAUCUAUUCGACAUUAUUAAUCCCACUUCUCCGUAUAUAAAGGACUUUCUGAUAGAGCGCGCGGGACCACUCACGGUUCCAGGUGCGUGCGAAGCCCUCGCUUUUAUCGACACCAAACAUCCAAAGAGACGUGACGGUUUACCGGACAUCGAACUGUUAUUUAUCGGUGGUGGAUUUAAAGGAGAUAUUAUUUUUCCGACUAUAAUGGGUUUCAAUGAUCGAAUGCGUCAGAUAUGGCACAAAUACAACAGUAAUCACGGCUGGAGCAUACUACCGAUGCUGUUGAAGCCAAAGAGUCGUGGUCGGAUAAGACUAGUGGCCAAUGACAUUAACGUUAAACCCGAAAUCGUGCCGAAUUAUUUCGACCAUCCGGAAGAUGUCGAGACAAUGAUUGCCGGCAUUAAAGCUGCGAUAAGCGUCGGUCGGACGAAAGAGAUGCAGAAGUUUGGUUCACGAUUGUCGAACGAUACUCUUCCCGGAUGCGAAAACUACGAGUAUGAUUCUUAUGCUUAUUGGGAUUGCGCGGUAAGGACGGCGUCUAUUACCAUCUAUCACUAUUCUGGUACUUGUAAGAUGGGACCGAGAGGCGACCCGACCGCUGUCGUCGAUCCUAAAUUAAAGGUGAUUGGCAUUCAAGGACUACGAGUAGCAGAUGGUUCCAUCAUGCCCGAGAUUAUAUCGGCUCACACCAACGUACCUAUUUAUAUGAUUGCCGAGAAACUAGCCGAUAUGAUAAAGGAAGAAUGGGGAUACUCGGACAAGUCACGAACGUGAUGGUACUGUA